GCGCUCACUCCUCAACAUGUGCAGGUAGGACCCGGCUGAAGGGGGGGAUUAUAAUUUUGACUUUUUACUCCAGCAUCUGUAGCCGCAUCGCCAUCGAGUCAGCGAAACAUGGCCUUCCGCUCCUCUGCUUUGACGAGAAAGCAACCGUGUGUUGUGACAUACUCGCCUGUCUACUUGGCGCUUGUGUCGUUCCUGUUUGCGCCAGCACUUGGACAACUGGACUUUAACCGAUUGGAUGGCGACACCGUCUGCCCACCCAUGAGAGGCGGACAAGAUGAUCUACCAGGUUUCGAUUUGAUCACCCAGUUUCAGCUGGAUGUCAUUCCCCUUAAAGGCGUGAGGAAGGUGGACGGCUCUACUCCCCUCCAGGUGGCCUACCGCCUUGACCGGGAGGCCAACUUCCAAAUCCCGACCAUGCUGAACUUUCCCCGCGGUUUCCCUGACGAGUAUUCCUUCAUGGUGACCUUCCGCAUGAUCAAGAACACGGUGAACAAAGUGUGGAACGUUUGGCAAAUCGUGGACGAGGACGGCCGCAAACAAGCCGGCAUGAGGCUGAAUGGAGACCAGCAGGCGUUGGAGUACUUCCUGACGGGCCCCGACGGCAGCCUCCAGACCGUCACCUUCCCCGGCUUGUCCGUGCUCUUCAACACCAAGUGGCACAAGGUGAUGAUCGGCGUCGAGCGCGACAUGGUCACGCUCUAUGUAGAUUGCCAGCCUGUGGACCAGAAGCCAAUCAAGGGCAAAGGUCCCAUUAACACAGAAGGAGACACCCUGAUCGGAAGGCUGGAUACUGAUCCCGAAGCAUCCGUAGUGUUUGAGCUGCAGUGGAUGCUGAUUCACUGUGACCCAAAGAGAGCCCAGAGAGAGAGCUGCAACGAGCUGCCUGCCACUGAGAUGUAUGCCAAUGCUGAGCCUGACAAAUCAGUCCAAGGCCCCCCUGGAUCCCCUGGCCCUGUGGGUCCUCGUGGCGCCACAGGAGAAAACGGCAGAGAUGGACGGGAUGGUCUUCCGGGGGCUCCUGGCAGCCCGGGUGCUCCUGGCAGCAAAGGAGAGCAGGGGGAAAUUGGACUUCCUGGGCAGCGAGGUCUACCAGGUCUACCAGGAUCUGAUGGUUCUCCUGGCCCAAUGGGUCCAAGAGGGGCAGUGGGCGAGCGAGGACUCCCUGGCUUCCCCGGGCCUGCGGGUCCUCCAGGCCCAGCAAGUGAAGGACCUGCUGGACCACCAGGGAAACCAGGAAUACCCGGAGAUGAAGGAAAUAUUGGACCUGAGGGCCAACCUGGACCCAGAGGAGAGAACGGAAACCCAGGACCUCCAGGGCCUCCCGGUCCACCGGGUCCGGUGGGGCCGCCUGGUGCUACUGGUGAGGAAAGUGGGGAAGCUUGUCCUGCAGCCUGUCCUGCUGGGCCUCAAGGACUGGCUGGUCUACCAGGCAUGAAGGGACACAAAGGUUUGGCAGGUGAAAAUGGAAAAGAUGGAAUACCCGGAGAAAAGGGGGAGACAGGACCACAGGGUCCUCAGGGUCUGCCAGGUCGCAUGGGAAACGACGGUCAAAGAGGGUCUGUUGGAUUUCCUGGUGCAACGGGAGAGAAAGGAGACAUCGGUCCUCCAGGGUUUAAUGGUGUCCCAGGACCCACAGGCCCACCUGGAUCUCCAGGUGUGGAGGGAGUGCGUGGACGCCAAGGCUUGGAGGGACCAAAGGGUGAUGAAGGAGCUAUUGGACCUCAAGGAGAGCAGGGUCCUAAAGGAGAAAAGGGAGAUGUUGGAGAGGCAGGCAAAAAUGGCAUUGACGGCAUUCCUGGAGCGGAUGGUGCUAAGGGACAGCCUGGCACAACUGGGGCAGUCGGUAUCAGGGGGAUUGUGGGUAUUCCGGGGCUUCCUGGGAAGCAGGGUGUAGUAGGACCUCCUGGUGAAAAGGGUGACACUGGUACUGAAGGAGCCAUCGGGCCUGUCGGACUGCCAGGCAAAAAUGGAGAUGCUGGUACACCUGGAGAAGAUGGGAAACCAGGGGACAAAGGGUCAACGGGUGAAACAGGGAAACAAGGGCCAGUUGGGCCUGCAGGUCCUCCAGGAAUCGAGGGAGAGAAAGGAGAAAAAGGCGACACUGGCGCCCAAGGAAUGAAGGGCCACACUGGACACAAGGGUGAUGAGGGACCAAUGGGACCAAUGGGACCAAAGGGAAGCUUGGGAGAUACAGGUGUUGCCGGAGAUCCUGGAGUCAAGGGAGACCAGGGCCCUCCUGGUAUUCCUGGAAAUAAAGGAGAGCCUGGAGCCAAGGGUCUCAGAGGAGCUACCGGGGCAGAAGGCAGACCAGGUCAGCCAGGUCAUGAAGGUCUGGCUGGUCCGAUGGGAGCAAGAGGGCUGGAGGGAGAACCAGGAUUACCAGGAGCACCAGGACCCAGAGGUCUGCCGGGCCCUAAAGUUAGUGACGAGAAGCUCCGGGAAAUGUGUUCAGCUGUCGUUGAAGAACAAUUAGGAGAAUUCAUGAAAGAUUUCCUCAAGAGGCCAGCUGCCCUCGGUGCCCCUGGUAUCCCAGGACCGGCGGGACCACCGGGCCCUGCUGGAGCCGAAGGAGCGGCGGGACCUCCAGGAGCUCAGGGGGUGAUGGGUCCCAAAGGUCAUCCAGGGUUCUUUGGUCUUCCAGGCGCACCAGGAAAGAAAGGCGAUACUGGAGACAAGGGAGAUAAAGGAGAUAAGGGAGAGGACGGCGUUGGGAUUAAAGGAAGCGCGGGUCCACCGGGUGCACCAGGUGUCCCAGGUGCUCCCGGUGUGGGAAAGGACGGCAAAAACGGAGAGCCUGGUGAACAAGGAACUCCCGGCAUCCCGGGAGCGGUUGGUCCGAGGGGUCCUUCUGGUCCGCCGGGCCUUUGUGACCCAUCCACCUGUAUGAACCGAAACCCACCACCUCUUUUCAUGUACAGCGGGAAGAAGUCUGCUGUUUACAAACACAAGUGAGACACGAGUUCCAGUUUUGGAAAGGAGUUCUCCGACCGAAGUGGAUCUAAACGACACGAGAGACACACACACAACUGUAGAAAUUGUAUAGAUAUUUUGUGAUGUAUACUAAAAAGACAGCUGCUACUGCCUUGCAGCACCAUGACUGAGCUGCAUACGCCCAAACAAAUGCAAAUGGUAAAAUUAUGAAUUAAUCAUUCUUAAUAAGCUCACCCGAUAGACUAACUGAGCCAGUUAGAAGACAAAACUUCACAAAUACAACCUGAAGUGUGCUUUUGUUCAAAUGUAGGAUGGCAGCAAUGUUUUUCUUCCACCAACACAAU